GGAACAGUUUUCAGGUGAAAUCUGGACGAGAAUCAGCAAAACAGUUUUUGUUAUUGCUUGAAUCAUCCGUGAAUGAAGAUGACUAUACGAUAUGGAGUACUCUUAAUUCAGGCAUUGCCGAGCUGUCAAAUAUAUUGUCACAUUAUGAUCCCACUAUGCAUUCAAAAUUUAAUAAAUUUAUUGUUAAAAUUUUAACACCAGUGGCCGGACGACUUGGUUGGGAAGCUAAACCAAAUGAAGAUUCUCAAAUAGCAUUGCUGCGAGCGCUGAUUCUUGGCCGAUUGGGUCGUUGUGACCAUGAAGAAACUAUUAAAACCGCUAGACAGAAGUUUCUAGAGCAUAUCAAAAGCAAAACCGAACUUCAUCCGGAUUUGCGACCUAUGAUAUAUGGAAUGGUGGGAAGGCAUUAUGGCAAAGAGGGAUUUCAAGAAUUGAAAGAGAUUUACGAAACCGUAGGAUUCGGUGAAGUAGAGCGAAACUGUAUUGUUGCAAUGUCGCAAACAACCGAUGUAGAAUUGUUGAAGGAAGUUUUCGAAUACGGCAUUAAAAAUGGCAAAGUUCGCUCGCAGGAUAUCAUUUCUCUUUUCUGUGGUGCUUGUGUGAGUAAAUCCGGGCAAGAUUUCUUGUGGAAAUAUUUCAAAGACUCUACCAAACUACUUCUUCAAAAAUUUGGCGGCGCAAACAGUUCGCUUUUUCAGCGUUGUUUCAAAUUUAGUGCUGAAUGUCAGUGCUCCAGUACAAUGGCGAAAGAAGUUGAGGACUUUGUGUGCUCGUGUCUGGCAGCAGAUGAAGUUCGAACGCUUAAUCGUACUACGCAGCAAAUCAUUGAAUCAAUUCAUUUGAACGAGCAGUUAUUGAAGCGCAAUGUGGACGUUAUCAAUGAAUACCUUACUGCUGGAGGUUUCUGA